AUGUGUCAGAGAGCUAUUGAAUCCGUUUCGAUACAAGCUGAGGAAGAAAAACAGGAUACCUUCGUGGAAUUAUGCGGCUGUGGGAAGCCGAACAAAGGGCACUAUGCAUCCAUCCGUAAGGUACCAUUGAGCAUGAGACACAUAGAACGGUCCAUUUCAGAAGUAGCUGAUCUUAGUCCGAACUUGGUGGAAGCAAAUUCUGAUAUGGAAAACAGUAGUCAGUCCAGAGUUCCAAAUAGCACACAAACCAGCUCACUCUCGAGUUUUCGCAGAAGUACUUCUCACCACGACCCUUGUAGACUCAAACCAGCAGAAAAUCGAAACGGCAACCGGGAAGAGAAUCGAGAACAUUUCCUCAACCUUCCAUUCGGAUUAUCCAAAAUCUUCGUACGGGCAGAUUCGAAUCGAUCUAGCAAUACUGCCAAUAUCAGCAAUUCUAGUUUGAGGGAUACCGAUGUCAGUGAAUUCAUCCAAUCUGAUCCAGUUGAUUACAUGGUGGAAAUGAAUGAGAAUAUCCAAUGA